AUGGAUGACUACAGACAAGCUGAUAUUUUGCCUCCAGCAUGGAUAAACAGGAAUCCAUCUGAGUUGGCAGAAUCACAUGUCUUCAUCAUCUCUUGCUGUAUUGCUGGCAUUAUUGGUAUCUUGACCAUUGUGUAUACCGCAUUCCAAUGGAGAAGAAACAUCAGUCUAAGCUUAAUGAAAGCUACUGCUAAAAAAAAGAAGGAUCCAAAAUCAAGAAGCAGGGUUCCAGUAGCUGCUCAUACUUGGUAUCUUGAGUCUGGAUCUCGUGGGAAAAACUUAAACUGCUGUGUAUGCUUAAAAUCAGUGUCAUCUUCACAGACACUUGGCCCAAUGGUGGCUUCAGAUAGCUUUAUUCACCGUUGUAGAAUAUGUGGGGCUGCAGCUCACCUCAGUUGUUCCUCAAAGGCUCACAGAGACUGUAAGUGUGUAUCAAUGAUUGGUUCAACACGUGUGUUACACCUGUGGGCUAUUAGGUGGACUGAGGUGGUGGACCAACCUGAUGAAAUCUCUUUUUGCAGCCAUUGUGAAGAGCCCUGUAGUGCUUCCUUUCUAGGGGGGUCACCAAUAUGGUGUUGCUUAUGGUGUCAGCGUUUGGUUCAUGUUGAUUGUCAUAGUAGUCUUUAUAGUGACACAGGUGAUGUUUGUGAUUUGGGUCCUUUUAGAAGGCUGAUUGUGUCACCUCUUCAUGUUAAGGAGCUCAGGAGGUCUUCAUCUGGUGGAAUCUUGAGUUCCAUCACUCAUGGAGCUAAUGAGAUUGCAUCUUCUGUACGUGCAAGUAUUAGAAAUCAAAGUAAGAAAACCAAGAAAGAAAACGAAGUCCCUGUGGAUAUUAGUAAUGGUAGUGUAGAGGAAGCUUCUACAGAAAGUACAACAGAUAUUAAUAUAGCAAAUGGUGCCUCAAAAGAGAACUACAAUGGGAAUACGAAUACGAACACAAACACAAACACAAACACAGAGGUUACAAGUCAACAACAAGAUGGUGAUGUGGUCAACAAGUUCGGCCGAAAGUUGAGUUUUAAAAGAAACAUAUCAAACAGUCAGAGAGAUGAGUCACAUAUAGUUGGGAUGAAGCAGAAAUAUGAGUUGACUGAUAUGGGUCCAGAUUCGAGGCCUCUUUUAGUCUUUAUUAACAAGAAGAGUGGUGCUCAGAGAGGUGAUUCACUCAGGUUAAGGAUGAAUAUCCUCUUGAACCCUGUUCAGGUGUUUGAGUUGAGUUCAACAGAGGGGCCAGAAGUUGGUCUUUAUCUAUUCAGAAAAGUCGCGAAUUUUAGAAUUCUUAUAUGUGGUGGAGAUGGGACAGUUGGGUGGGUAUUGGAUGCCAUUGAAAAGCAAAACUUUGUAUCUCCACCACCAGUUGCUAUUCUGCCAGCUGGCACUGGAAAUGACCUGGCAAGAGUUUUAGGCUGGGGAGGUGGUUUGGGAAGGGAAAACAGCUUCGUUCACCAAAAUUUUAUGAAUAAUUAUCUUGGUGUAGGAUGUGAUGCGAAGGUGCUUUAG